AUGCUGGAAAGUAACUACCAAUGGAACUGGACAGAUCAAUGCGAAGAAGCCUUUUGCAAAGUUAAAGCAAUGGUUGUUUCAGAUCUGGUGCUUACACAUUAUGAUCCUAACCUUCCCUUACAACUGGCUUGUGAUGCUUCACCUGUAGGAAUUGGAGCGGUACUGUCCCAUGUCAUGACAGACGGAACAGAGCGACCGAUAGCGUUUGCAUCGAGAUCCCUGUCGAAGGCGGAGCGCAACUACGCACAGAUAGAUAAAGAAGCGCUUGCUACAGUGUGGGGAGUCAAGAAAUUCCACAAUUGCCUUUUCGGUAGGAACUUUACCUUACUGACUGAUCAUGAGCCUCUCACUUCAAUCUUUCAUCCCAGCAAAAGCCUUCCUGUUGUUGACAGUUCACUGUGGUGUCCUAAUGCUUGGACACAGAGCAGUCAUUCCUGCAAAGUUGCGUAAUCAAGUGUUAACCGAGCUUCACGAAGGUCACCUCGGUAUUGUUAAAAUGAAGUCUCUGGCGCCAAGUUACAUCUAGUGGCCCAAAAUUGAUAAGGACAUUCAGCACCUAGCGAAGAGCUGCCCUGGUUGUCAACUUCAACAGAAUGAAGCCGGCAAAGUACCACUACACCCCUGGGAAUGGCCAACCACACCUUGGCAGAGAAUCCAUUUAGAUUUUGCUGGGCCGUUCCUAGGACGAAUGUUCCUUAUCAUUGUAGAUGCACACUCGAAGUGGCCUGAAGUGGAAAUAAUGCCAUCCACCACAUCGACGCAAACCAUUGACCGACUUCGAACCAUUUUUCCCCGAUAUGGAGUGCCAGCACAGGUGGUGACCGACAAUGGGCCACAAUUUACAUCCGCAGAGUUCCAACUAUUUUUAAAGACUAAUGGUAUCAAGCUUAUUACCACGGCCCCAUUCCACCCUGCAACCAACGGUCAAGCGAAACGUUUUGUUCAGAGUUUCAAACAUGCUAUGAAAUGCGAGAAACAAAGUGCAUCCCAGCUGAAAACCAAUAUGGCAAAGUUCCUUUUGGCUUACCGGAAUAGCCCGCAUUCGACUGGAGAAUCACCGUCCGUGUUGUUUUUGGGCAGACCGCUAUGGACUCGCCUCGAUUUGGUGAAACCUGAUUUACAAAGGAAUUCGAAAGUGAUGAACAGGCAAAUCGAUCAAGCGGGAAGGAAAGGACAUUCCCCCACACGCCAGUUAUCCAUUGGUCAGACAGUCAUGGCACGUAACUACAGUGGAAAAGACAAGUGGCUACCAGGCAUAGUUCGAGCUCAAACGGGACCCCUUUCGUACGAGAUAAAAGUUUGUCCAAAUCGAAUUUGGCGACGUCACAUCGACCAGCUUCGAGCCUCGAGUGUGAAAGUAAAUGACCAGAGUCAGGGGCGGCGCUACAGGAGGGUGUGUGUGUGUGUGGGGGGGGUGGAACACCCCCCACUCGUCACCUAAUCGGCAAAUUGUUAUCUCAGUCGGCAAAACUGGAUUGGCUAAUGUUAACCACUGAAGAAACCAAAAUUGACCUCCUGAAUAAUUGAAUUCAAACCGAAUAUCACGAAUAGCAUGCAUCAAAGAAACCAGACAUGCAGCAAUGCAAUUUUUUUCGAAUACAGUAUCUUCACUUCUGGCAGCUAGUCCAAAAACAUAAUAUUAUUGAAAUCAUAAUUAGGUAAUUAAAUUUGUUUGGUGGUUGUUGUUGUUGUUGUUGUUGUUGUUGUUGUUGUUGUUGUCGUUGUCGUUGUUGUUGUUGUUGUUGUUGUUGCUUAUUAUACUGUUCUAUAAAAGAGGCAAUAAAGUCGGUUUUCCACUAGCGAAUUUUCUCGCACGAAGCGACCUUUUUCCUUUGUCGGUAUCACUUAUUACGUCAGCAAGACGUGGCAAAAUCAAUCCUCGAAAACGAGGUCAGCAUUCGGCAAUGCCGGGUUAAAUGCAAAUUUUUGCCCACCUUAAUUCAACCAAAGUAAGAAUUUUUAUGUUGAUAGCUUUUAAAAUGUCAGCGAAUUCGAUUAACUGAACACACUACGGUGUAAGGUUUAAAAACUGACGGGUAUUGUGUAUAUACGUUAGAUGUUUGAAGAUCAAAUUUCGCGCGUCUGGAGUUAAAAUUUGGCUCCAACUUUCGAAUUUUCCGGCUGGAGAUAACGUUCCAGUUAUAUUCCGAUUUCAAUGAUUCGUAAAUGCGUGAUUAAUAUUGCUCCAAGACGUGGAGCAGAUCUUAAGAAAUGCCGAGAUGUGCCGACCUAGGUCAGAUUUAGGUCGGCCCUCUUUUGCCGACCUCAGUUUUGACGGUUUUGACUUUUCGAGGGCUGCAAAAUGGAUGCCGACAAAGGAAAAAGCUAGGUCGCUUCGCGCAGAAAAAUUCGCUAGUGGAAAACCGACUUAAUAGAGGGUAAUAAAGCGCAUUUAAACAUAGAUGGCCCUGAAGGGGUAAAAUAGGAACUGGGAUUGAUCUAUUUUUAGACUGGGAAAAUGGGAUUUGGGUUGCUGGGACUGGGAUUUGGCCACUGGGAAUGGGAAAUGAAGUCCUCAAAAAUGGGAAUAGGAUUGAAGUAAUGUGAGUCGAUUCCCAAUUUUAAUCCGUUUUUGGUGUCUUUAGUCAUUUUUGUAGUUAACUAUAUUAUUCACAGCAUUACCUGCGAACAGGAAUACUCUGGCGCCCGGAAUUUUGGGUUUUCUGAUUAUGCGUGUCUCAGAAUGAUGCAAAUGCCAUUUCCGGGAUUCAAAUUAAAAAAGGGGAGCUCCCCCCCCCAAUAUUUCAUAAAGUGUCCGCCACUUGCACAUACGGUGGCUUCAAAGGUAUUAAACCUGUUUAUUCUACCGAUAAAUAAAGGGUUUUUUAUUGACUGGGAUUUCAAUAACUCCGACUGGGAUUUCUAAUAAAAAUCCAACUGGAACUGGGAUUUUGCCAAAAUUUUAGGUGGAAAAUGGGAUAGGGACCCCCCCCCCCCUUCAGGACCCUCACUAUAGGCUAAUGACUCGGCAAAAUUACCAAACAACAGUCGGCAAAAGAUCACUCACACCCCCCCACUCGAAGAGGGUUAGCGCCGCCCCUGACCAGAGUGAUGAUACGGCUGAACCUCAUCCAGAGCUCGGAGAGACUGGCCAGAAUAUUGCACCAGCAGAAGAAAUUGUCGCAGAGCCGGAUAUCGAACUAGCCACGAAUCCACCAGUAGUGCAACAAGAAGAAGCCGGUAGGGCUACAACAGGAUCUGGACAACGUUACCCAACUAGAUCACACCAACCACCCGAGAGGUUGGGUCUUAACUGUUUGAUCCGAAAACUGUUUAAGAAAACUACAUAG